GUUUCCUGCCUGUACUCACCCUUAGGGCACUGACUAAGACUAACAUUCUUCUCGGAUCUGUACUUAAGCUGUGUUCCAAAAGAGGAAGCUCAAUUCACACUUACAGACACGUGAAAAAAUAGGGGCUGUAAAGAAACUCAGCUUUUGAAAUCUUAUGAAUACCAUGCAGUCCAAUACCAAUACUACUUGUAGUACGGAAGAACAUUUGGUGCCCUUCUUUCUCUCUCCUUUACUUAUCAUUGAGCUCCUGUUUGGCCUGCCCGGAAACUUGAUGGCACUAUAUAUCUUCUGUCGCUACAUUCGCUCAUGGAGACCCAAUAUCCUGUAUCUCUUUAACUUACUCCUGGCUGAUUUUCUCCUCUUGGUGAGCAUGCCAUUUCGAAUUGAUGCCUAUCUGCGCAAUGAAAACUGGAUAUUCGGUAAUGCUUGGUGUCGGAUCAACCUCUUCAUGCUAGCAGUCAAUCGGUCAGCAAGCAUCGCCUUCAUGAGUACUGUGGCUGUGCAUCGAUAUUUUAAAGUAGUCCAUCCACAUAAUAAAAUCAACUUCAUUAGCUCACGCCAAGCUGGAGGAAUUGCUGCUUUCAUCUGGGUGACUGUAAUCGUAAUGAGGCUUCCUCUGCUGACUAGCGACAUGCUUAUAAACGAGGGGAAUAGUUCUUACUGCCGGAGCUUUAACCCCAAAAAUGUCACAACUGCUUUUAAGCUACACUAUUCGAUAUUUAUUGGUGAGUUUUUCCUCCCUCUAUUGCUACUACUCUUUUGCUCCAUUCGAAUUUCCUGCAUAUUACGACAGCGGCAGUUGGACAAAGAAAAGAAGGUGCGACAGGCUAUUCACACUGUCCUAGUGAUUGUUGGAGUUUUCAUCUUUUGUUUCCUCCCUGGAGUUGCCACAGGACUGACUGCACUCUAUUUGAGAACAAGGUCGGAAUUAUACUGUGAAGCUUACAAAAUGUCCAGUCUAUUGUUUGUCUUGUCCAUCGGGUUCACGUACAUGAACAGUGCCCUGGAUCCCAUCAUCUACUGCUUCUCCAGCUCCUUGUUCCGAAACGCACUAAAAAGUUCAAUCAAUCGAGUUGGACUUGUGCAAUUACAGCUAAGCCGUCGUCCUAGCACAGUGAUGGGAAGCGAUAGCUAAGUAGGUGAUGGUUUCUGAAAGAAAACACAAAUUGUAACCAAGUAUUAAAAAGCGCACAGCAAUUUAGAUGUUAUGAGACUAGUACAAUAGAUUUAUGUAAGUAUAAAUGCUUUCUUUUUUAAUGCUUCCUGAAUUCUAUAUAACUGUAAAUGGAAUUUGUGUAACAUUUGUAACAUGUCAGAUAAGAUAAAGCUGGAAUGUCUUGCAUUUCUAGUGUGCAGUAUGGGAAAAUAGGGUUAAUAUGGCUAGCUUAGAUAUAGCAUGACCUAAUUGAAGAUACACACAUUAUACAAUUAUACAAUAUGAUUCUAUUAUUAUACAAUUCAUUGUUUAAUGUUAACAAAUACAAGGAAUAUUCAGACCUAAUACACAGGAAAGCACAUUCCCAAAGCACAUGACAAUAUCUCAUUAGACACAUUUGAACCUGGAUGUUGAAUGAGAUUUCUAGAGGAGAGUUAUACCAAGAAAUAAAUAAAGCUUAGUAUGAGUUUAAUAAUAACAUAUAUCUAUUUUCUACAUGUAAAGAACAAUAAUAUUUGAGAGAGUGUAUCUCAGUCCACUCUGGGGGAAAAAUAUUGACACUAAGAAUAACAAAAUUAUGAACAAGCUUGAUCUUGUUCAAAGACUGAUCACAGGCUGAAAUUAAAUUAUUAAUGUUUCUUACCUGUGUAGCUGUAUUGAAGGGAACUGUUUGAAGCUUUUCCAAAAAAAAUAAAAAAUAAAUAAUACAAAUAAAUAAAUAAACGUGAUAGAAACAAGGGGUAUUAAUAGGUAGUAUUAAUAUUACACUCAAUAUGUUUUAGUUUAUUAUAAAUUAAUGUUCAUAUACAUUAUAUAUUUAGAGCUGUAUCAAAAUUGGGAGAGGAAUCUAUUUCUUUAAAUUAAAAACAGACAUGAUUUAGUACUUAAAACAUUUUUUUUCAGUGCUGAUAAACAUUUUGUAUUCUGAUAUCUGAAAGACAUGAUCUCAUAAGAAAGUACAACAUUUUCUGCAGCAUUAUUAAUUAGAAUAAUGCAUAUUUUUGGAAGGUAAGCAAUGAAUUCUGGCCACUAGAAACAUAUAAGCUCAGUUGUAUGCAUUUUAAUAUGUAGAAUAUCAGCUUUGAUUCUAUUAUUAUUUGUAUAUGUAUUGUCUUGGUCUAUAAGCCAUUAAAAAUGCAAAGAGAUAGAUAGAUAUAUAGAUAGAUACAACUUUAUUGUCAUUGCCUAGUACAGAUAUGUAGCAAUAAAAUUACGUAUAUGUAAGUAAAAUCAUAAUAUUCUAAAGCAUUAAAUAAUACACAAGCAAUUUUGUAGAA